UAACAACCACGUCUCCCGCAGCACGUAAAUGUGAACUGGGCCGUGCCUUGCAAAAAAGAAAGCACAGCUCCGGGUUCAUAGUCACUUGGUAUUGGAACCGGUGGGUUUGCAGCAAUCGGGCGGCCCAGGCCGGGGAACGCCGGUGCCUGCACACAAGGAGGGGCUCGCGCGAACAGCCGGAGUCCCGCCAGGGCCGCGGGCCCGCCGCGGAGACCGGCAAAGCCGCGGCCCCUCCGCGGGGUCUGCCGCUGCCGCGCGUGCCCCGGAUUUUCUUAUCGCAAUCUAUAUAAGGCGCAGCGUGCCAGGAUGGACCACCCCCACCACAAAACAACAACAUCAUGCCCGUCUCGGAAUUGCAAGUCACGCCUGCGCUCAACGGUUUUGGCUGCACAAUCGCGUUGCCCAGCUACGCCGAAAACGACCCCUCCAAACUCAACGACACGGACUUCCAGAAGUUGUACGACGCCACGCUCACGUACCUUGUCGUGGUGCUUCCUGGCCUAGCGGACCUCCCGCCAAAAAGCCAAUACAUCUUGACCAAGCGCUUCGACCCCUCCAUUCCGGAGCCGAAGGGCGAAAGCGGCGCCGGGUACGGCCACGGCAAGGAGUUCCGCCACACGCAGUCGGUGCUCCGCAAAGACGGGACCUCCGUGAAGUCACAGCCGCAGGUGCAGAUCUUGGGCCAGGGCCGGUUUGCCGCGGGCGAGCCGGGCAACGAGAACGGCGAGGAAAUCAGCCUCACGCACCCCUCGCACACGUCCUUCCACAAGGACCCGUUGUCCGAGACGCAGAUCCAGCAGAACCACCAGACGCGGUUCUACCGAUGGCACAUUGACUCGGCGCUCUACGACUUGUCGCCGCCUUUGGUGACCACGCUCUUGGGCAUCAAGGUGCCGCCGGCCACGCAGACGCAGACCAUCGACUACGACGACGGGUCCGGUGACAAGUUGUCGCUCACGCAGGGCGCCACGUGUUUUGUCAGCGGGGCCGCGGCGUUCGACCGGCUCAGCGCCGCCGAGAAGGACUAUGCGCUCAACACCACGGUGGAGUACGCGCCGCAUCCGUACAUCUUCAUCUCGCCGGCCAAGGCCGAGAAGGACGGGCUCACCAUGGCCUCGCAGGGCUUGGAGACGCCGCUCGCCGACUUGCCAGAGUGGGAGCAGGCCAAGGUCAAGAAGUUGCCCAUGGUGUGGACCAAUCCGGUCACGCACAGGCACCACUUGCAGAUCCACGGCUGCUGCCUCUACAAGUUGCACACGCGGAACGGCGACAAAACAGACACGUUGGCGUUGGAGGCCGCGCGGGCCAAGGUGCGCGAGUUGAUGCGGCCGGCCAUCGCGCCGCAGAACGUGUUGGCGCACUCCUGGAAAGAGGGCGACUUGGUGAUUUUCUUCAACCGCGGCGUGUGGCACUCGGUGACGGGCGAGUUCAAGGCCGUCAACAACGGCGCGGACGAGAAGAGAUUGAUGCACCAGUGCAACAUUGCCAGCGGCGCGGACCCGGUCACUGUGCGGUGAGCGGCGCCCGGCCAGAACAUGUAGAAAAUAAACGGAAGACCAAGGGACUUGGGUCUCGUAGACAGCGGCCCCGGAGGCAGGCUUCCGGCCGCCGGUAUCUUUUGCCGCCAAUCCCUUCAUUGGCCGGCCUGGUCAUGAUAUUAUUGGGGCCGUCUGGCGCGCGCACGACCGGUGCCGGACAUUGGAGUCUCGGGUGCUCGCCGAGGUUCUGCGGGCAUCACCGGAACCCAUUGCGUUCAUA